AUGUCUUUUAGUCUUUACAAGCAGAAUGACGGAACUAUUGUUAAUUUGCUCUAUUUGAACUUCUGCCGCGACAAGACUUUUGUUGUUGCCCAUCCGUUCUCAAUUGAGCUUCUGGACGAGACGGGAAAGCCGUAUGACGAGGUGUCGUUUGACCACCGGAUCAUGGCAAUUGGCCAUAUAAAGCCGCCUGGACUCGACCAGGAAUGGCUCAUUGUGCUGGAUCAAACAGGCCAGUUGAUGGUUCUUGGCUGGGACGGCCGGUUCGUCGUGGUGCAACAGUUCAAGAUCGCCUCUGCCGCCAGUAGCGUCGAGGUUUGUCCGAUCAUCGACGUGGAUCAAUCCAACCGGUAUGUUCUUGUCUACUCCACUGAGGGAUACAUGACGAUUUUGGAGCUGAGUCCGGACAAAUCAGACGUUUACGUUAAUGCGUUGCACAAUGAUGCCCCUUCACAGGUCCAGAAACGUCCCGAUGCCGCCAAGCUUCGUCACAACCGAGUAUUCGAAAAACCAAAAGUUAUCUAUAUUGGCCAUGGAAUAGUACAUUCUGCGCUUUUUCUCCAGUCGAAACUCAUCAAGCCGGACCAGGAGGGGGUCACGUUCGCCGUCAUCUCCAGAGACUCGAACUUGAAGUACUCGGCGUCGUACUACUCUAUUUCCAAGGAAGUUGAGCUGUCGAAGAGAUUUCCGCAAAUGAGUUCACCGCCCAGUUUGGCUCUCCCGCUCCCCAUGGGAGCACUGCUGGUGGUUUGUGAAGACGUCCAGUACCUGUAUCCUUCGCCUGGGGUGCGGAGUCUUUCGUCUGAAAUUGUUAAAACCACAAGACAGUAUGCAUCGAAGGAGCUGGUUUCCGAAAACGACGGACGGUUGUCGAAAUUUGUUUCUUGGUGCUUUGAUGGCAGCGUUUUCUGGCUUUGCUCUGAGUUUGGCGACGUUUUCCGACUUCAGGUGGAGCUCAAGUCUGAGAGUUUGCAAAUAGCAGAGCAACAGCUGUCGAUGUCCAUUGCGGAACGUCGAGCUGCCGGGCCUGUCCCGCCGAUUGAGCUUGGGAUAGUGGAAUGGACAAUCAGCCGCGUACUCAACGAGGACGUUUUCCACUGUCUGGUUUUUGCAGACAGCAAAAUUGUUGGUUGCAACCAUUUUGGCCAGAUUUGCAUUUUCAACGACCACUUCAAGAAACCCAGUCAACUCAGAAACCCUACUAAUCUUCCCGUCACUGGGCUCGCUGGCGAAUAUGUUUCUCACGGAACACAUAACUACUCCACGGUUGACCUCAACGGGACUAUUCAUGUUGACGGUUUGGUGAAAAGCAUCGUAGAGACAAAAAAACAAGUGGUGCUGGUCGUGGAGCAACGCGAGAUCAAUCUCGAACGGGAAGAGAUCAAGCAAACCGAUCGUCUGGAGGUUUACGAGGGGACCACCAAGGUUGGCGAGCACCGGCUCGACUCAGGUAUUUCGGUGCGCAAGGUGUUACCUGUUUCGAGUCUGGAGUGCCGGUUUGACGAGCGGUUUAAAGUAUCCAACGAGCAGCGGUUUCUACUGGGAAACAGACUCAAAGAGAGCGUGGUUGUGGUUGUGAACGAUGAGGAGGACCAAACGGGGUUGUUGCUGAUGCGAUUUGAGAACAACGAGUGGUACAACGAGGGGUCUGCUGUGAUAAGCGGUGUGUUUGACGACAUCAUCCAGAUUGAGGAUUACGAGCUGCUUCUUAUUGGCAGUCAUACGGUGGCUUGGAUCAGUGUCUAUGCUGCUACUGAGUUUUGGUUCAGGUUGGAAGAAAGCGACUUUAAGAGCCCUAUAGCGUACUUUUCAGCAUGGAGCAAGCUCCGCGACGGGAAUCUCAUAGUUGCAGACGGGUUUUCUGGACUAUAUCUGAUGGAUGUAGAUCGAUCUCGCCGCAAAUUAGAAUGUCAAUGGAUUCUGCGCAACGUGAUGGUGAGCGCAUUUGCCAUCUUUUCGGACAAACUGGUUGUUGGGGACGUUAUUGGCAAUGUUUUUGUUGCUUCUUUUGGAGAAUCGCCCGAGCUGGUUCAACAAACGUAUCUUGGAAGCGGCAGUGUCAUUUGUAUGGAAGCCACCGAAGAAGGUAUAGUUAUUGGCACGAGUGAGGGACAAAUCACGAUGAAACUCGACUCCGAACAUUUGUCGACCCGAAAACUUCCCAACAGAGCCGUUGUUUUGGUUUCGAGCUGUCCGGAAAUUGCUCUAAAUCCAAACUGCAAACUUGCCAUAGUUAAUUAG